CAAGAACCACGCCGCUCCAAGAUCACACAUCUAUUGCUGCUGAACUGCGAUGCCUGUAGAAACACGGUCAGUCAGAAACAGAUCUGCGAUUGGCCGAUUUCCAUCUGUCACUCUUGGAUUUUUUGACGAUAUAGAGAAAGAGAAGGAAGAACCAGAGGAAGAUGCAGCUAAGGAAGGGCCGUGUCGCCGGUGGUUUCGCAAGGUCUGCCCAUGCUGCUAUCCCGAACCAAAUGAUGAUGAUGUUACAGACACAGUUGUCACAGGGCUCGAUGAGGUGGAAAAGGAUGAAGGGAUAAAUGGCGAGAAGCCUUUGACUGGUGAAAGCGAGCUUGACGAAUUAAUUCUCAAAGUGCGAUCAGUGGACCUGAUAAAAAGCCAAUCAGGGCAGAACCGCAAGGAGCAUCACACAGAUCUUUACCAUGGCGAUGACCUCAUCAUCCGCCGAGGGCAGACUUUCCAGAUGUGGAUUACCCUCUCACGACCUUUUAACCCCAAAACUGACCAGCUGCACCUUGAACUUAAAACAGGGACCCUGCCAGCAGUGGCAAAGAGCACCCAUGUCAUCAUUCCUUUGGUAGAUAUGUUGGAGGACGAUCGCUGGGAAGCUUUAAUUGUUAAACAUGAUGGCAACAGGAUAAAGCUGUCGGUUAACUCUCUACCUACAGCAGUCAUCGGCCGAUACCAACUCACUGUGGCAACAAGUUGCCCAAAAGGCGAAGCCACCUCCACACAUGACCCAGCAAAUGACAUCUACAUGUUGUUCAACCCCUGGUGUGAAGAGGACACAGUGUUCAUGGAUGAUGAAGAUGAGAUGAAUGAGUAUGUUCUGAAUGAUAUUGGUAGAAUCUAUUAUGGCACAGAGAAACAAAUUGGAGAGAGGACAUGGAACUAUGGACAGUUCGAUGAGGGGAUGCUUGCUGCUUGCCUCUACAUCCUGGAAAAGAGCGGAAUACCUCCAUCUGGUUGGGGAGACCCUGUUAACGUGGUGCGAGUUAUCUCAGCCAUGAUCAACUCCCCUGAUGACCGCGGCGUCGUGGAGGGAAACUGGUCAUCAAACUAUUCAUUUGGAACUGCUCCAACCGUUUGGAGCGGCAGUGUUGAAAUACUGAACAGCUACUACAAGAGUGGAGGCAACCCUGUCAAAUAUGGCCAAUGCUGGGUCUUUGCUGGUGUUACUACUACAGUGUUGCGCUGUUUGGGCAUUCCCAGCCGUACGGUGACCAACUUCAGCUCCGCUCAUGACACAGACGUCUCUUUGACGACAGAUGUAUACUUCGAUGAGAACCUGGAGCCUUUAGAUCACCUCAACUCCGACUCUGUCUGGAACUUUCAUGUGUGGAACGACUGUUGGAUGGCUCGUCCAGACUUACCUCCUGGCAUGGGAGGCUGGCAAGUUAUCGAUGCUACCCCGCAGGAGACCAGCCAGGGCACCUUCCGCUGUGGCCCUGCCUCAGUUAGUUCUGUCCGUAACGGUCAGGUGUAUCUCAAGCACGACUCUCCCUUUGUCUUUGCUGAGGUGAACAGUGAUAAAAUCUACUGGCAGAGGAACCUGGAUGGGACCUUCUCUCAAAUUUACAGUGAGAAAAAGACUGUGGGCCACUUCAUCAGCACCAAGGCUGUCGGCUCCGAUGAACGCAAUGACAUCACACACCUUUACAAACACCCUGAAGGCACAGAGGAGGAACGCAUUGCUGUGGAAACAGCAGCUCGCUAUGGCUCCAAGCCAGAGGCCUAUUCCUCUCCCACAGCAGAGGAUGUCUUUCUAGAUGUGAGCAUGGAUGGAGAGGGUCCUCGCAUGGGAGGUGAUGCACAGCUGAACAUUGUGUUGCGAAACAGCAGCUUGCAGAAUCGCAAAGUCCUCCUCCACAGCCAGGUGGCAGUCAUGUACUACACCGGUGUUCAGAAGGCCACGGUGAGGAAGGAUGUGACAGAGGUGGAGCUACUGCCCAGCGAGGUGAAGAGUCUGGAGUGGAUCUUGGAGUACAAAGACUACCAGGACCAGCUGGUGGACCAGGCUGCUCUGAUGCUGACACUGUCAGGCCGGGUCAGUCCGACACAGCAAGUUGUGGCUACUCAGUUCAACUUCCGACUCAGGACACCAGACCUUAUCAUAAAGCCAAUUGGGGAGGCUGUAGUAGGGAAGAAGAUGACAGCAGAGAUCUCCUUUACCAACCCUCUACCACGGGUGCUGAAAGGAGUCAUUCUCCAUGUGGAAGGACUAGGUCUGCUCCAUGCUAGAAAGAUUAGUGUCGGUGAUAUUGGAAGCCGUGCCUCUAUGUCUGUGACUGAGCACUUCAUCCCCACCCUGCCUGGACCGAGGAAAUUACUGGCCUCGCUGGACUGCAAGCAGCUCACACAGGUUCACGGUGUAACUGAUAUCAUUGUUCAGGAAAAAGCACCGUGACUCCUUGUUGGCCGCUUUGAAAAAUGAGGCACUUUCACUCUGGAUGUCUUUUCUCCAUCUUUGUGUAAUUUAUGUUGAAAUUUAAGUACCCAAUUCAGACUUUAUUGCUAUUUCAAGUACUGAACCAAGUUUUGUCACUACAGAACUUCUGCUUUACAUUAAAUUUCCAACAUUAAGUUUACCAGUAGGACGGAGAGUGAAUGAAUUAGAAAGCAUAGCGGCUGUACUCCUCAUUUUUGAUUUUUAUUUGAUCUUAUUUUUCUCAAACAGAUCCAACAAAUAUAUCAUCAAGUGUAGGAAUCAAAAGAAAAAGCUCUCCCCAGAGAAUAAAUCAAACAGUCGACGUGUAGAGAACACACGUGAUGCGUUUGUGAAGGGGCAGAAGAAAACAAAAAGCUUAUCUGGUCCUUCCCUGUCCUUACAAUAUCAAAUCACUUUAUAGAAAAAUAUAAAAAUUAUAUCCUAGAAUAACAUACUGUGGUUGAACUUUUUUUUUUUUUUUUUUUUUUUUUUGUACAUGCUGUGAAUAUCAGUGUUAGCUUCCUCGUCACGUCCCAUUUAGUUUUGAUAAAGAAAGUCGCAGCGGCACAUUUGUACAGGAUGCACUUACAGUGAUGCAGGAUUCCUGAGAUUCCUGCAGUCGUUGCAGAGGUUGGACAUGAUGGCAGCUCAAAUGAAAGAAUUGUGCUUUUUCAAAGGAAGCCUGUAAACUGAACCUACUGUAUGUAUCCAUCUAGCCUAUUUAUUCUUUAUAUGAUGUGUGUCUCAUAUGUAAAUUGCUUUGGAUAAAAGCGUCUGCCAAAUGUCAGUUGUAAUUGUUGACAAUAAAGUUUGUUUAUGUAAAUGUAUACCAAAUGUAAAUGCUCCUGAGUCAGUA